UAACCAGCCUAAAGUUAUUCCAAUAUCUGUCACAUACAUUAGCUACCAUGGUUGCAAAAAAUAAGUUCUAUCAUAUUUCACUGGCAUUGCUUUUUUGCAUUGGAUUCUUGGCUUUUCAAGUCUCAUGUCGCACUCUCCAAGAUGUCACCAUGUAUGAGAAGCAUGAGGAAUGGAUGGCUCGUUAUGGCAAAUGGUAUAAGGACCCUCAAGAAAGAGAAAAGCGUUUCAAGAUAUUCAAGGAAAAUGUGAAUUACAUUGAAGCCUUCAACAGUGCUGCCAAUAAACCUUACAAGUUAGCCAUUAAUCAAUUUGCAGACCUCACCAACAAGGAGUUCAUAGCACCAAGAAAUAGAUUCAAGGGGCACAUGUGUUCCUCAAUCAUAAGGACAACCCCUUUUAAGUACGAAAAUGUGACGUCAGUACCAUCCACAGUGGAUUGGAGACAAAAGGGUGCGGUGACACCAGUCAAAGACCAAGGCCAAUGUGGAUGUUGCUGGGCGUUUUCUGCUGUUGCAUCAGCAGAAGGAAUUCAUCAAUUGAGCUCUGGAAAAUUGAUUUCUUUGUCUGAACAAGAACUUGUUGAUUGUGACACAAAGGGUGUGGAUCAAGGUUGUGAAGGUGGUCUUAUGGAUGAUGCUUUCAAAUUCAUCAUCAAAAAUCAAGGACUCAACACUGAAGCCAAUUACCCUUUCAAGGGCGUUGACGGAACCUGCAAUGCAAAGGCAGCAUCUAGUCAUGCCGCUACCAUUAAUGGGUUCGAGGAUGUCCCAGCAAACAAUGAGAAGGCACUGCAAAAGGCUGUAGCGAAUCAACCAGUUUCUGUUGCAAUUGAUGCUAGUGGCUCUGACUUUCAAUUUUAUAAGAGUGGUGUCUUCACUGGUUCAUGUGGAACUGAGUUGGACCACGGUGUGACUGCUGUGGGAUAUGGUGUCAGCAACGAUGGAACUGAGUAUUGGUUGGUUAAGAACUCAUGGGGAACUGAGUGGGGUGAAGAAGGCUACAUUAGAAUGCAAAGGGGUGUAGAUUCCGAGGAAGGGCUGUGUGGCAUUGCUAUGCAAGCAUCUUACCCUACUGCAUAGUUAUAAAAUUACAACCUUGUUAAGCUAUUUUC